AUGGGCUCAGGCCGCGUCUGGCGCGCAGGGAAGGAGAAGGAGCCCCUGGAGCAGCUUUACCGCGUGGGACCGCUGCUGGGGAGCCGCGGCUUCGGGUCCGUGUACUCGGGGGUCCGCCUGUCCGACAGCGCCCCGGUGGCGAUCAAACACGUGGCUCGGGACCGCAUCUCCUCGUGGGGCGAGCUGCCCAACGGCACUCGAGUACCAAUGGAGAUAGCCAUGCUGAAGAAGGUGGGCUCUGGCAGCAGCGCCAUCAUCCACCUCCUGGACUGGUUUGAGCUGCCCGACAGCUUCGUGCUGGUGCUGGAGCGUCCGGAGCCGUCGCAGGAUCUGUUUGACUUCAUCACGGAGCGGAGGUUCCUGCCUGAGGACCUGGCGCGGGGGCUGUUCCUCCAGGUACUGGAGGCUGUGCGACACUGCCACAGCUGCGGCAUCGUGCACUGAGACAUCAAGGACGAGAACAUCAUCAUCAACCUGUCCACCGGAGAGCUCAAGCUCAUCGACUUUGCCUCCAGCACCUUCCUCAAGGACACAGCCUACACCGAAUUUGACGGUGAGCCCGGAGCUGGGGGGAUGCUCCUGGUCCCGGGCAGUGCAGGGCUCAGCUUGGCUGGGCACCGGCAGUUCCCUGCGUUGCCGGAGGGGGAGUUCAUUCUCCAGCAGCUGCCGACCUGCUUUUUGGUGUGGGACCACCAGUGCAACCCCACAUACCCGGGGAUGCUGGGGCAGGGAUCCGGGAGCAAGCAGCAUCCUCCUGCUGAGCUGUGCCUGUACCCUGUAAGAACAGGCGUGUACAGUCCACCAGAGUGGGUGCGCUACCAUGGCCAUCCAACGGCCAUCUGGUCACUGGGCGUGCUGCUUUAUGACAUGGUCUGCAGGGAUGUCCCCUUUGAGCACGAUAAGGACAUCAUCGAGUGCCAGCACCUCAUCCGGUGGUGUUUAUCCCUGCACGCUUCCGACAGACCAUCCCUGGAAGACAUUUUCAACCACACGUGGCUGCAAGCCCUUCACCUGCCCCAGGAGACAGCCGACAUCCACCUGCACAGCCUCAUCCAGGAGCCUGGCAAGUGACAGCUUCAGGCAGCUCCUGGCCAGAAGCAGCAAAGAAUCCCAGACUUGUCCUGCUGAGCACAGAACUGAGCAAGGAUCCUCAGAUGCACCUCGCACAGCUUGUCCUGGACCUCGUCUUCCAAGCACCAGUGGCCGCCAUCCAGCCCGGCUGCCCUGGACUUUGUGUUGUUCCGUUUAGUUUGCUUUGGUUUGGUUUGUUCUGGUU